AUGGGAACGGCGGCGGACGCAGAGUGGCUGCGCUGGGUGAGCAAGAAAUUUGGGAAUGUCGCUGGGAAGGAGAAGGAAAUCAGCCUGGAAGAGUUCAAAUCCGCCCUGCAGGUCAAGGAGUCCUUCUUUGCUGAGAGGUUUUUUGCGCUCUUCGAUUCCGACGGGAGUGGCUCCCUGAGCCGGGAGGAGCUGCUGGGAUCCCUGCGCCGGCUGCUCUGCGGGAAUUCCACCGAAAAGCUCAGAUUCCUCUUCCAGGUGUACGAUGUGGAUGGGAGCGGCUCCAUCGAUGCCGAGGAGCUGCGGGUGGUGCUCCGGGGGUGUCUCCGGGAGAGCUCCCUGGCCCUUCCCGAGGAGCGGCUCGGGGCGCUGAGCCAGGCCCUGCUCCAGGCCCUGGACCGGGACCACAGCGGCUCCAUCACCUUCCCGGAGCUCCGGGAGCAGCUGGAAGCGUUCCCGGAACUCCUGGAGAACCUGAGCAUCAGUGCUGCCAGCUGGCUGAAGCCCCCCAGUCCCACCCGCGGGGAUCGGCGGCCCGGGAUGUGCCGCUGUUCCCGGGAACCCCACGAUGAUCAGCGGGCCCGGCUGUGCUGCCUGGGGGCCUGGGUCGCCGCCACGGCGCUCCUGCUCGCCCUGGGGGCUCUGUGGCACCGGGAGCGCGGCCCGGCCCUGGCGCUGGCCCGGGGCUGCGGGCAGAGCCUCAACCUCAACUGCGCCCUGCUGGCCGCGCUGAUGCUGCGGCGCUCUCUGACCUGGCUGCGCUCCACGCCGCUGGCGGAGCUGUUCCCGCUGGAGCUGCACGUGCGGGGCCACGAGCGCGUGGGACACCUGGUGCUGGCCCUGGGGACCGCGCACGCGGGGGCACACCUGGCACAGGCCGGGCUGGCACGGCGGGACUGGCUGGUGGCCCUGGGCGAGUACGUGCGGCGGGCGCGGCCGGGCGCCGGUGGCGUUGGUGGCGUUGGUGGCACUGCCCCGCAGAGCGGGCUGGCGCUGCUGGCGCUGCUCCUGGCCAUGCUCGCCUGCUCCAGCCCCUGCGUGCGCCGCGGCGGCCACUUCGAGGUGUUUUACUGGAGCCACCUCUCCUACAUCCCCGUGUGGCUCCUGCUGCUCCUGCAUGGUCCCCACUUCUGGAAGUGGUUCCUGAUUCCCGGCUCCCUCUUUGUGCUGGAGAAGGUUCUGGGCUGGGCAUGGCGCCGGGCAGGGGAUCUGCACAUCCUGGAGGCCAAGCUGCUGCCCUCCAAGGUGACCCACCUGGUGAUCCAGAGGCCGAAAUCCUUCCGCUUCCAGCCGGGGGAUUACGUGUACCUGAACGUGCCGGCCAUCGCCGCCUACGAGUGGCACCCCUUCUCCAUCAGCAGCGCCCCGGAGCAGCCAGAAACCCUCUGGCUGCACAUCCGGGCGCGGGGCCAAUGGACCACCAAGCUCUACGAGUACUUCCAGCAGCUGGAAUUGCACGGCCUGGAGCCAAAUCCACCCGGGAAGAGCCGCAGGGAGCGGAGGAGCCGGCACUGGGAACAGGAGGGCUCUGUGGCCUCUGGCAGGGAUGGAGCCGUGGAGCUGACGGCGUUCCGAGCCUCCGGAGCUGCUUUCCCGGGAAAGGACCCGGAGCAGGGGGACACCGGGCCUGGGGAGAGCCAGCGGAGCUGCAGCGUCAAGUGCUUCCUGGACGGUCCCUACGGAACGCCGAGCCGGCGGAUCUUCACCUCGGAGCACGCCGUUCUCAUCGGGGCCGGCAUCGGGAUCACCCCCUGCGCCUCCAUCCUGCAGAGCAUCAUGAUCCGGUACCGGCGGCAGAAGCAGAGCUGCCCCAGCUGCCGUUUCUCCUGGAGUGAGGAACGGCGGGAUGAGGAGAUGACACUCCGGAAGGUGGAUUUCAUCUGGAUCACGCGGGAGCAGCAGCACCUGCAGUGGUUCCUGGGCCUCCUGGCCAAGCUGGAGGCGGAGCAGGCGGAGCUGGAGCCGGGAGGGAGGUUCCUGGAGCUGCACCUGUACAUGACGUCGGCGCUGGGCAGGGGCGAUGUGAAGGCGCUGGGGCUGCAGCUGGCCCUGGACCUGCUGGCGGCGCGGGAGCAGCGCGACUCCAUCUCCGGGCUGCGCUGCCGCACCCAGCCCGGCCGCCCCGACUGGGACCAGGUGUUCGCGCGGGUGGCGGCGGAGCGGCGCGGGGCGGUGGCGGUGUUCCUGUGCGGAUCCGCGGGGCUGGCCCGGGCCAUCCGCGGCCACUGCCGCCGCUUCGGCUUCCGCUUCCACCGGGAGAACUUCUGAGGGAGCCCGAAUUCCGACCGGGAUCUGCGGCCGGCAGCGGGGCGGGGAAUGUGGGAAUGCUCCCUUCGGAAAAGCACGGGAAUAAAUCGGGAAAAGAUGGGAAAA